AUGUCUGCUGCAAACAGUAUCAAGGUCGUUGCCCGGUUCAGGCCCCAGAACCGGGUAGAGCUGGAAUCGGGAGGUAAACCCAUUGUCACAUUCAACUCGCAAGAAUCAUGUACCGUCGACUCAAAAGAAGCCCAGGGAAGCUUCACAUUUGAUCGCGUCUUUGAUAUGUCCUGCAAGCAGCAGGACAUCUUCGAUUUCUCCAUCCGGCCCACCGUCGACGACAUCCUCAACGGUUACAACGGAACUGUCUUUGCCUACGGUCAGACGGGGGCCGGAAAGUCGUACACCAUGAUGGGCACCAACAUUGACGAGGACGAGGGCAGGGGUGUCAUCCCCCGCAUCGUCGAGCAAAUCUUUGCUAGCAUCAUGACGAGCCCGAGCACCAUGGAGUACACGGUACGUGUUAGCUACAUGGAGAUUUACAUGGAGAGGAUCCGCGAUCUCCUGCAACCGCAAAACGACAACCUUCCCGUCCAUGAGGAGAAGAACCGCGGCGUCUACGUCAAGGGCCUUCUCGAGGUCUACGUCUCGAGCGUCCAGGAGGUCUACGAGGUGAUGCGCAGGGGAGGAAACGCCCGCGCCGUCGCCGCCACCAACAUGAACCAGGAGUCGUCCCGGUCGCACUCCAUCUUCCAGAUCACCGUCACCCAGAAGAAUGUCGAGACGGGAUCGGCAAAGAGCGGCCAGCUGUUCCUCGUCGAUUUGGCCGGUAGCGAAAAGGUCGGAAAGACUGGUGCGAGCGGCCAGACGCUAGAGGAGGCCAAGAAGAUCAACAAGAGUCUGAGCGCCCUGGGAAUGGUCAUCAAUGCCCUGACCGACGGGAAGUCGUCGCAUAUCCCCUACCGAGACUCCAAGUUGACACGAAUCCUGCAAGAGUCGCUCGGUGGUAACAGCCGGACCACGCUCAUCAUAAACUGCUCGCCCAGCAGCUACAACGAUGCCGAGACCCUCGGCACCCUCCGCUUCGGUACCAGAGCCAAGUCCAUCAAGAACAAGGCCAAGGUCAACGCCGAGCUCAGCCCGGCUGAGCUCAAGGCCCUCCUCAAGAAGGCACAGGGCCAGGUCACCAACUUUGAGAACUACAUUGCCACCCUCGAGGGCGAGGUCCAGCUCUGGCGCGCCGGCGAGAGCGUCCCCAAGGACAAGUGGGCACCGCCCCUGUCGGACACCCCGUUCGGCCCCAGGCAUGAGCCCAGGGGACCUGCCCGCCCCUCGACACCCUCGCGGCUGACGGCCGAGAGCCGGUCUGAAACCCCCAUGCUGUCGGAGCGCUCCGGCACCCCCAGCAUCUCCCUGGAGAAGGACGAGCGCGAGGAGUUCCUCAGGCGCGAGAACGAGCUCCAGGACCAGCUCGCCGAGCGGGAGUCGCAGGCGGCCGCGGCCGAGAAGCAGCUCCGCGAGACAAAGGAGGAGCUUGCCUUCAUCAAGGACCACGACAGCAAGGUUGGAAAGGAGAACGAGAAGCUGACCACCGAGGUCAACGAGUUCCGAAUGCAGCUGGAGCGCCUCAACUUCGAGGGCAAGGAGGUCCAGAUCACCAUGGACGCCCUCAAGGAGGCCAACAGCGAGCUGACGGCCGAGCUGGACGAGGUCAAGCAGCAGCUUCUCGACGUCAAGAUGACAGCCAAGGAGAGCGGCGCCGCCAUGGAUGAGAAGGAGAAGAAGAAGGCCGAGAAGAUGGCCCAGAUGAUGGCUGGCUUCGAGCUGGGCGGCGACGUCUUCAGCGACAACGACCGGUCCAUCAGCGAGGCCAUUGCCCAGAUCGACGUGCUCCACGAGCAGAGCUCGGCCGGCGACAACAUCUCGCCCGACGAGUUCAAGGCGCUCAGGGGGCGACUGGUGGAGACGCAGGGUAUCGUGCGCCAGGCCGAGCUGUCCAUGUACGGCGCCUCGUCCAACGACCAGGACGCCCGGAGGCGGCAGGAGCUGGAGCAGAGGCUCGAGGCCCUCCAGCAGGAGUAUGAGGACGCGCUGACGCGCAACCUGAGCGACGCCGAUGUGGAGGAGGUCAAGGCACGCCUGGAGCACGUCUACUCGAGCAAGCAGACGAUGCAGACCAAGCUGGUGGACGAGCUCAAGGCCGACAUCGCGCAGAAGGCGGCCGAGAACAGCCGUAUGAAGGAGCUCGUCGACGACCUGCAGCAGCGGGCCAAGGCGGGCGGAGGUGCCGCGGAGAAGGGUGCGGCCUCGUCCAACGGAAAGACGAUCCAGCAGCAGAUUGCUGAGUUUGACGUGAUGAAGAAGAGCCUGAUGCGAGACCUGCAGAACCGGUGCGAGCGCGUGGUGGAGCUCGAGAUCUCGCUCGACGAGACGCGCGAGCAGUACAACAAUGUGCUGCGGUCAUCCAACAACCGGGCGCAGCAGAAGAAGAUGGCCUUCCUCGAGAGGAACCUGGAGCAGCUGACCCAGGUUCAGAGGCAGCUGGUCGAGCAGAACUCGGCCCUCAAGAAGGAGGUGGCCAUUGCCGAGCGCAAGCUGAUUGCCCGCAACGAGCGUAUCCAGAGCCUGGAGAGUCUGCUCCAGGACAGCCAGGAGAAGAUGGCGGCCGCCAACCACAAGUACGUUCCCGUCGUGUGCAGAGUUGAUGGUAUCUGCAGAUUCGAGGUCCAGCUUGCUACGGUCAAGGAGCGCCUGGAGACUGUCAAGGCCGGAAGCACCCGUGGUCUCAGCCACGGAGGCGAUGGCGGCGCAUUCAGCUUCUCGGGAGCGGGAAGCCGCAUCGCCAAGCCCCUCCGCGGUGGAGGCGGCGACGAGCUGGCGUCCAACCCGACGGUGCAGUCGAUCCAGCAGAACGAGGGCGCCACGACUACUAACAAGAGGACAAGCUGGUUUUUCAACAAGUCGUGA